GAGAACCAAGUGGACGGGGUAGCGGAGAGGGCUCCACGUAUUACCAUGCGGAGAUCUGGAUUCUACGAACUGCACGAGAAACCUCGCGGUCUCCCAGGCUGCUGAGCGCGUGGGCAGGUUGUUCUGCAAAGGUCACGGUACGAAAAUGGGGAAAAACAUGAUUUCACUACUUGUGCUGCUCCUACAGCUCAUCUGUGGAAGCACAAGUAACCAAAGGGUGGCAAGGGCAGCCUCCAUGCAAUUCACAUACUCUGUUUACAAUGCCACUAUCUACGAGAACUCUGCUGCUAAGACUUACCUGGAGAGCCAUGCCAAGAUGGGUAUCUACAUCGCAGACCCAGCCUGGGAGAUACGGUACAAAAUAGUUUCUGGUGACAAUGAGAACCUGUUCAAAGCAGAGGAUUACCUGCUGGGAGAUUUUAGUUUUUUGCGAAUAAGGACCAAAGGAGGCAGUACUGCCAUUCUGAACCGGGAGGUCAAAGACCACUACAUGCUGACUGUCAAAGCGUUGGAAAGAGGCACCAAUUUAGAGGCUCGCACAAGGGUUAAGGUUCAGGUACUGGACACCAAUGAUCUUAGGCCUCUGUUUUCACCAACUUCUUACAGCAUCUCUGUGCCAGAGAACACGGCCAUACGCACAAGUGUGGCCAAGGUCACGGCAACGGAUGCAGACAUCGGUACUAAUGGAGAAUACUACUAUAGUUUCAGAGAGUGGACGGACAUGUUUGCUGUCCAUCCAACAAGUGGAGUUGUGACAUUGACUGGUAAAUUAGACUAUUCUGAGACCAAGCUGUUUGAGUUUGAGAUCCUUGCAGUGGACAGAGGGAUGAAGCUGUAUGGGAGCAGUGGCUUCAGUAGCAUGGCCAAAUUGACCGUUAGGAUAGAACAAGCCAAUGAACAUGCACCUGUAAUCACAGCUGUUACCCUGGCCCCUUCAGACACUGACCAUGACCCCACCUAUGCUAUUGUGACAGUAGAGGACAAUGACCAGGGACCAAAUGGAGAGAUAGCGUCAUUGACUGUUGUGGCAGGUGACCCACUUCAGCAGUUUAAGGCCGUGAGAACCAGUCCUGGCAGCAAGGAGUAUAAAAUCAAAGCCGUCAAGGAUGUAGACUGGGACAGCCAACCUUUUGGAUACAACCUCACUCUACAGGCCAAAGACAAGGGAAACCCCCCUCAGUUUUCUUCUGCUAAAUUGGUACAUGUUACUUCCCCGCAGUUUAAAGUGGGUCCUCCAAAAUUUGAAAAGGCUAUUUACAGGGUCAAUCUCAGUGAAUUUGCCCCUCUUCACACACCUGUUGCUCUGGUGACAGCCCUUCCCAAGUAUCCACAUCUAAAAUAUGCAUUUAGGCAUAAGUCUGAAAAGAGCAAAUUCACCGUUAAUCCAGACACAGGCUUAAUUACCACAACAGGGCCCAUUAAUGCUGAAUAUUCCCCUAGAUAUGAGCUGGAAGUUACCACCAGUGACAAAAAGGCAGCGACUAAAGUGAUCAUAGAUGUGACUGACGUGAACAACAAUGCACCAGAGUUCCAGCAGACAUCUUACAAGGCCACUGUUGAUGAGAAUGUACCUGUUGGGACUAGUGUGCUAGCGGUGAAAGCCACUGAUCUUGACAGAGGUGAGAAUGGCUAUGUGACCUACAGCAUUACGAAUGUCAGCCCACAACCAUUUGUCAUUGACUACUUCUCCGGGGUCAUCAGUACCUCAGAGAGUCUAGAUUAUGAGCUGAUGCCAAGGAUUUAUAAUCUCAGAGUCAGGGCGUCAGACUGGGGAUCGCCUUUUCGCAGGGAAGUGGAGGCAUCUGUCACUGUAACACUAAAUAACUUGAAUGACAAUAAGCCUCUGUUUGAAAAUGUUGACUGCGAAGUCACUGUGCCAAGAGACCACGGCGUGGGAGAGCAGAUAACAACUGUGUCUGCCAUUGAUGCUGAUGAACUGCAGCUUGUACGGUACAGUAUUAAAGCUGGGAAUGACCUUGACCUUUUCGAACUAAACCCAAAUUCAGGCGUGCUCUCACUGAGGCAGUCACUGAGUGAGGGAGAGGCAGCUAAAGUGUCUUUUCAUAGUUUACAAAUCACGGCCAGUGACGGCGAACACGAGACUCAGUCAAUGGUCAUGAAUAUAACUGUCAUCACAGCACGCAAGCCUGUCCAAUUAAAAUGCAUCGACACUGGUGUUGCUACUAUGCUGGCAGAAAAACUGCUUCAAGGCAGCAAGAUUCACACCCAGACAGAGCCAGAUGAUAACUUUAUGGACAUUCACUCUGUCAACCGCUAUACUCCACAGUUUGCUGAGUCUUUCCCAAGUGUCAUUGAGGUUAAAGAGGACCUUCCUGUUGGGGCCCGGAUUGUCCAUUUAAGUGCCACAGACACAGAUAGUGGCUUCAAUGGAAAACUCGUGUAUGUUAUUUCAGGAGGAGACACAGAGAGUCGCUUCAUUGUAGAAAUGGAAAGUGGCUGGCUUUUGGUUUAUGCUCCUCUUGACAGAGAAACAACAGACCACUAUACGCUCAACGUCACAGUCUAUGAUCUCGGUAUCCCACAGAAAUCUUCGUCACGCCUCUUGGAUGUUAAGAUCUUGGAUGCUAAUGAUAACAGCCCCCAAUUUUUGCAAGAUUCAUAUUCAGUUGAAAUAAGCGAGAGUACACCAGUAGGAACAGAAAUCAUUCAGGUGGAUUCGACAGAUAAGGACCAAGGGGAUAAUGGAAUUGUCAAGUACUCGAUUCUAGCCGGCACAGAUCAUUUUGCAAUCAAUGAGGAGACUGGUUUGGUGACUGUGACAAAACCACUGGAUCGUGAGGUCCAACCAGUUUAUAAUUUGAAGAUAGCGGCUCAUGACCAGGCAACCAGUGAGCCGCAGCUAGUAUCCACAGUGGUGCUUAAGAUCAUUUUGGAAGAUGUCAAUGAUAACCCACCUAAAUUUGUUCCUCCCAAUUACCGUGUGAAGGUGAGGGAGGACCUUCCUGUCGGUACUGUGAUUAUGUGGCUGGAGGCUCACGACCCUGAUGUUGGACCGUCCAGUCAGGUACGCUAUAGCCUUAUCGACAACGGAGAUGGGAAUUUUGAGGUAGACAAACUCAGCGGGGCAGUGCGCAUUGUGCAAAAUCUGGAUUAUGAGAAAAAGCAGGUGUACAAUCUCACGGCAAAGGCCAAGGACAAAGGGAAGCCGAUGUCUUUGUCAUCUACCUGUUUCAUUGAAGUGGACGUGGUGGACGUGAACGAGAAUCUCUACAGGCCAUGGUUCCCAUCGUUUGUGGAUAAGGGAUUUAUUAAAGAGGACGCACUUGUCGGGACCUCUGUGAUGAAAGUAACUGCUCAAGACGAAGACAAAGGCAGAGACGGCGAGAUUCAAUACUCCAUACGGGAUGGAUCGGGGCUCGGGAUAUUCACAGUCGAUGAGACCGGCGUCAUUCGAACACAAGAACUCCUGGACCACGAGACCACGCCCCACUACUGGCUGACAGUCUACGCCAUGGAUCGGGGCGUUGUGCCGCUCUCGUCCUUCGUGGAGGUGUACAUCGAGGUGCAGGAUGUCAACGACAACGCGCCGCAAACCUCCGAGCCUGUCUACUACCCCUCGGUGUUGGAGAACUCCCCGAAAGACGUGUCGAUCAUCCAGAUAGAGGCCAUUGACCCGGACGCCAAAGCCAGUGACAAGCUGACCUACAAGAUCACCAGCGGUAACCCCCAGGGUUUCUUCGCCAUCAACGCCAGGACAGGUCUGGUGACGACCACCUCGAGGAGACUGGACCGAGAGCAGCAGGACGAGCACAUUCUUGAGAUAACCAUAACUGACCAUGGCGUACCUGCUAAAUCCACCACUGUCCGCGUCAUCGUCAAAGUCCUGGACGACAACGACAACAGGCCGCUGUUCCUGGAGAAGAUCUACAAGAUCAAGCUCCCUGAGCGGGAGAGGCCAGAGAGGGAGAAGGCCCUGAAGAGAGACCCGGUAUACAGAGUCAUCGCUUCGGACCGUGACGAGGGACCCAACGCGGAGAUCUCCUACAGCAUUGAGGAGGGAGAUGAACACGGCAAGUUCUUCAUUGAACCCAAGACCGGCUUGGUGUCCUCCAAGAAGUUCUCGUCAGCCGGAGAAUACGACAUUCUGACAAUUAAAGCGGUGGAUAACGGGCGUCCUCAGAAGUCCUCCAUUUGCCGUCUGCAUAUCGAGUGGAUUCCCAAACCGGACGUGCCAGCUGACGCCGCUCCGCUGGCCUUCGAGGAGCCCCCCUUCUCGUUUUCUGUAAUGGAAAGCGACCCCGUGGCCCACAUGGUGGGCGUCAUCGCGACCGAAUCCUCCGACGUGCCGGUCUGGUUUGAAAUCACAGGUGGCAAUUAUGACAGCCGCUUCGACGUGGGCAAGGCCAGUGGAACGCUGAUCAUCGCGCGGCCCCUGGACGCCGAGCAAAAAUCAAAUUACAACCUGACGGUGGAAGCCACAGAUGGGACCCGAGCUGUCAGCACCCAGGUGCUGAUCCGUGUCAUUGACACCAACAACCACCGGCCACAGUUCUCUCAGCCAAGGUAUGAGGUCAAUAUCCCCGAGGACACCCCGGCAGACACUGAGGUUCUGCAGAUCAGCGCUAUAGAUGAAGAUGAGAAGAACAAGCUGACCUUUACACUCCUGAGCAGCACUGAUCCAUUCAGUCUGAGGAAGUUCCGCCUGGAUCCAGGAACAGGCGUUCUUUAUACCGCUGAGAAACUAGACCAUGAGACCAUGCGCUGCCACACCCUCACCGUCAUGGUCCGUGACCAGGAUAUUCCAGUCAAGAGGAACCUGGUGCGCGUCAUUGUCAAUGUGGUGGACACCAAUGACAAUGCUCCUUGGUUUAUAGGUUCUCCUUACUUUGCUCGUGUAUUUGAGUCUGCUGCUGCUGGCUCAGCUGUGCUGCAGGUCACAGCCUUGGACAAAGACAAGGGUCAGAAUGCAGAGAUUGUCUACAGUAUUGAAUCAGGAAAUGUUGCAAACUCAUUUGCCAUUGAUCCAGUCCUGGGGACAAUAACAGUAGCCAAGGAACUUGACCGGAGCAGCAAGAACCAGUAUGAACUGACCGUAAAGGCAUCUGAUAAAGGAGUACCUCCAAUGUCAACUAUAGCCCCUGUGCAAAUUGUUGUCACAGUUUCUGAUAACGCUGCUCCUAGAUUUACUCAAAGGGAGUUUUCUGCUGAAGUCAGUGAAUCAGCUCAUCCUGGAAGUUUCGUAAGCUUAGUCACAGCCAUCAGCCAGUCAUCUGUUUUCUAUCAGAUCAAAGGAGGUAACAUCAACAGUGUAUUUGACAUAAACCCAAACUCUGGAGUGGUUGUGACCCAGAAAGGUUUGGACUAUGAGACCACGUCUGAAUACAGGCUUAUCAUACAAGGCACCAACAUGGCUGGGAUGGCCAGUAACACUACCCUGCAGAUUCAUCUAAAGGAUGAGAAUGAUAAUGCACCCAUCUUCAUCCAGAGGGAAUUCACUGGCAUGAUCAGUGAGUCAGCCCCCAUAAACAGUGUCGUUCUGACUCUUGAGAGCUCACCAUUGGUCAUUCAUGCCUCUGAUAGUGAUUGUGAUCGCAAUGCUAUGCUUGUCUAUCAGAUUGUAGAACCUUUUGCUCAUAACUAUUUCGCCAUUGACUCCAGUACAGGAGCUAUUCGAACUACAACAGCUCUAGAUUAUGAACAGAGGAGUGUUUUCCGUUUCACAGUCCAGGUCCAUGAUUUAGGGAUGCCCCGCCUGUUUGCUGAGAUGGCGGCUAAUGUGACGAUUGAAAUCCUUGAUGUAAAUGACUGCCCUCCACAAUUUAGCCAAGAAUUGUAUGAGACAAAUGUCAUAGUGCCAACAUACAAAGGUGUGGAGGUAAUCAAGGUCAAUGCUACCGACUCUGACUCUGGGCCCAACUCCAAACUCCUUUUCUCCAUUUCUGAAGGCAAUAUUGGAGAUAAAUUCAAAAUGGAUCCAAACAAAGGCAUAAUCUCUAUUCAGAAUGUCACACAAUUGAGAAGCAGGUACGAACUGAAAGUUAGGGUUUCAGAUGGCAGAUUUGCUAACACUGCCACAGUAAAAAUAAAUGUCAAGGAGAAUAGGGAGAGCAGGCUGAAAUUCACCAGGGAAACCUACAGGGCCUACGUUCAAGAGAACUCAUCUGAGAAGAAAACUCUAGCUGUCAUUGCUGCUGUUGGAAACCAGGUGAAUGAACCCUUGUUUUAUACCAUUCUAAAUCCUGACAAGAGGUUUGAAAUCAGCCACACCUCUGGAGUUCUCUCAACCACUGGAAUGCCAUUUGAUCGUGAAGCACAGGAAACAUUUGAUAUUGUUGUUGAAGUGACCAGAGAGGACAGAACUGAAGAAGGGGCUCAUGUUCUUGUUACUGUUGUAGUGGAAGAUACAAAUGACAACAAGCCCAUGUUUGUGAAUCUGCCCUAUCAUGCUCUAGUCCAAAUGGAUGCGGAGGAAGGCCAGGUCAUUCGACAGGUCACAGCAGUUGACAAAGACAUAGGUCAGAAUGCAAACAUCUAUUAUCACCUAAAGGAGCACCAGGAGCACUUCCAAAUCAACCCUACUGGAGAAAUCUCUGUCAAAAAGAAGUUUGAGAAAGAGUCGCUUAACACAGACUUUGUCAUCAUUGUUGUGGCCAGAGAUAGUGGAGACCCAGCCCUCUCAACAGAAGUAGAAGUGCCUAUAACUGUUGUUAGCAGAGCCACUCCUGUGUUUGAGAAGCCAUUCUAUAGUAUUGAGAUCCCUGAAAAUAUCCAGUUACAUACACCUGUGGUUCAUGUUCAGGCCAAUGACUCUGAGGGCCCUCGUAUUGUGUACACUAUCUCUGAGGGAGACCCCUUAAAGCAGUUUUCAAUUGAUUUUAACACUGGUGUUAUUCAUGUGAUUCAGCCUCUGGACUUUGAGACACAUCCAGCCUACAAGUUAAGUGUAAGAGCCACGGACUCUCUAACUGGAGCACACUCUAAAGUGUUUGUUGACAUCAUACUUGAAGAUGUAAAUGAUAACCCCCCUGUGUUCCUGUCAAAGUCCUACAAUGCCAGUAUUUCCGAGGCUUCAGUCAUUGGCACAUCAGUUUUGCAAGUUGUUGCCAAAGAUUCCGAUACUGGUAGCAACAAAGAAGUCUUCUAUCAGUUGGUUGAGGACAAGGAAAAAAGUUCUGAUUUCUUCAGUAUUGACCAUGACACAGGAGCUAUCUUCACAACUCAAGCACUUGAUCACGAGGAAACCCAACAACAUAACUUGCGAGUUCGUGUAAUGGAUAGAGGAGUUCCAGCCCUCUCAAGCGAUGUCAUUGUGACUGUAGAUGUCACUGACCUAAAUGACAAUGCACCAGUUUUUACAGAGAAUGUUUACAAAGCUCCAGUCAGUGAGUUAGCGCCACGAGGUUACUUUAUCACACAAGUCCAGGCGUCCGACACCGAUAGUUCAGACUCUGAGAAGUUGGAGUUCUCCAUUGUUUCUGGCAAUGAGGAUCAAAACUUUGCCAUGGACAAAACAACCGGUGCGAUUGUCAUCUCAAACCACCGAAGGUCAAAUAUGUUGCCUUUGUACAACCUUAAUGUGUCUGUGUCAGAUGGUGUAUUCAGAAAUUCAGCCGUUGUCAAAGUGGCAGUCAAUGGUGCCAACUUCCAUAACCCCACCUUCCUCCAUGUAGACUAUGUUGUAGAGCUUGUUGAGAACUCACCCAUUGGUACAUUGGUGGCAGAAGCUAAAGCAACAGAUGAUGAUGAAGGUAUUUAUGGACAGCUGACAUACCAUAUCAUUAAUGACUUUGCAAAAGACAAGUUCUCAAUCAAUGAAAAUGGGGAGAUCUUCACGCUGGAGAGCCUUGAUCGGGAAAAUGCCAUUGAAAAGGUUAUUCCCAUUUCUGUCCUAGCAAAAGAUGGUGGUGGAAAAGUGGGCUUUUGCAUUAUCAAUGUAAUUUUAACAGAUGUCAAUGACAAUGCUCCAAAAUUCAAGGCAGUUGAGUAUAAAGCCACUGUUGCAUCAGAUGUUCCAAGGGGAACCUCUGUGGUCAAAAUUGCUGCUUCGGACAUGGAUGAAGGAAGCAAUGCUGAUAUCACAUAUGCAAUUGAAGCAGAUGUUGACAAUGUAGAGGAGAACUUUGAAAUCCACCCCAACUCUGGAGUCAUUGUCACUAAAGAGAGCCUAAUUGGUCUUGAAAAUGAACUUUAUGCUUUCUAUGUUAGGGCAAAGGAUGCUGGCAAUCCACCCAAGCAAUCUGUUGUCCAGGUUUACAUUAGGAUUGUUGGACCUGAUGUACAACUUCCCAAAUUUGCUGAGCCACAUUACCGAUUCACAGUCCCUGAAGAUUUGCCAAUUGGCACUGAAAUUAUUGUAAUCCAGGCAGAGAGUGUACAGCCAGUUGUUUACACCCUUGUAAAGGGGAACACUCCUGAAAGCAAUGAGGAUGAUGUCUUUGUCGUGGACCAUGACACUGGGGCCUUGAAGCUGGAGAAAAGUCUUGACCACGAGACAACCAAAUGGUACCAGCUCACACUGCUCGCCCAAAGCAAACAUGAAAAUUAUGAAGUAGUGGCAUCUGUGCUUGUAAACAUCCAGGUGAAGGACCUUAAUGACAACAAGCCUGUCUUUGAGUCAGACCCAUAUGAGGCAGUCAUCGUGGAAAACCUUCCAGGUGGUACACCAGUGAUCCAAGUCAAAGCCAUUGACCAAGAUUCUGGCACCAACGGCCAAGUGGUUUACAGCCUUGAUCCAAAGCAGACCUCACAGGAGAUCUCUGAGCUGUUUGCUGUUAAUAGUGAAACUGGAUGGAUGACCACCUUGAAGGAGUUGGACUGUGAGAAGAUGAACAAAUAUACAAUCAGUGUGCUAGCCACAGACAGAGGGGAAAAAGUCCAACAUGUUACUAGCACAAGAGUGGAGGUAACAGUUGCUGAUGUGAAUGACAACCCACCACGCUUCACUGCAGAGAUCUACAAGGGCACAGUUAGUGAGGAUGACCCUCCACCAAGUGGCGUCAUUGCUAUCUUGAGCACCACUGAUGCUGAUUCUGAGGACAUCAAUAAACAAGUCAACUACUUCAUCACAGGAGGAGACCCAUUAGGGCAAUUUGCUAUCGAGCACAUCCAGAAUGAGUGGAAGGUCUCUGUCAGAAAGCCCUUGGACCGUGAGGAGAAGGACAAUUACCUCCUAAACAUCACCGCCACUGAUGGCAUAUUUGCUGCCAAAGCCGUCGUGGAAGUCAAGGUCCUGGAUGCCAAUGACAACAGCCCCGUGUGCGAGAAGUCUCUUUACAGCGAGAGUGUCCCAGAAGACUCCCCCGCAGGCAGGCUCAUCUUACAGGUCUCUGCCACGGAUGCCGAUAUCCGCUCCAAUGCCCAAAUCUCCUAUGAGCUCCAGGGUACUGGAGCAGAGUUGUUCACAAUUGACUCCGACACAGGGGAACUGAAGACCUUGGAGCCACUCGACAGAGAAGAGCAGGACGAGCACCGAUUCAAAGUGCGGGCGCUGGACGGAGGCGGGCGGUAUUGCGAGGCCGACGUCCACAUCGCAGUGGAGGAUGUCAACGACAACGUGCCGCAGUUCACCUCUGAUCCCUACACCGUCACGGUGUUUGAGAACACGGAGAUCGGCACGUUUGUGGCAAAGCUGCUGGCAAAUGAUCUGGACACCGGUUUGAAUAGCGACAUCAUCUACUCAUUGGUUGAAUCCGGCGAAGGCCAUUUCUCCAUAGACGAGCGGACUGGCGUAAUGAGCCUGGAACGCCCCCUGGAUCGUGAGGUGCAGGCAGUGUACGAGCUGAGGGCUAGCGCCACCGACCAGGGCUCUCCACGACGCCUUUCCUCGCUUUGCCAGGUUUCGGUCUCCGUGCUGGAUAUCAACGACAACCCACCGGUGUUUGAGCACCGCGAGUACGUGUCUACUGUUCCUGAGGACAUAGGCGUAGGCACACAAGUGCUGAGAGUGCAGGCAGCCAGCAGAGACAUCGAAGCCAGCGGAGAGAUCUCUUACAGCAUCAUCAGUGGGAACGAGCACGGCAUGUUCAGUGUGGAUCCCCGCACUGGUGAUGUCUUCGUGAUUGAGCCUCUGGACUAUGAGACAUCCCACGAGUACUACCUAACGUUGGAGGCUACAGAUGGUGGCUCACCGCCACUCAGCGACAUGGCCACUGUGAACAUCAACCUCACUGACGUCAACGACAACAGCCCUGUCUUCAGCCAGGAGACCUAUACAGCUGUAGUCAGUGAGGAUGCUGAGCCAGGGAAGACCGUUGUGGCGGUCAUGGCUGAGGAUGCCGAUGGGCCGUCUUACAGCCAUGUGCGAUAUACCAUAUUGGAUGGGAACCAGGGAAGCCCCUUCACCAUUGAUCCAGUCAGAGGAGAGCUCAAAGUGGCACGCCAGCUGGACAGAGAGCGGACGUCAGGCUACACACUGAUGGUGCUCGCUUCAGACAACGGCGUGCCCACGCGUUCCAGCAGCGCCACGGUCAACAUCGACGUGUCGGACGUCAAUGACAACCCGCCCUUAUUCUCUCAGGCCAACUACAGCCUCAUCAUCCAGGAGAAUCGACCAAAGGGCACCAGCAUCCUCCGGCUCACGGUGACUGAUCGGGACGCCACCCACAAUGGGCCACCGUUCACCUUUGCCAUCGUAGAUGGGAACGAGGGCGAUGCUUUCCAGAUCAACCAACAGGGAGCACUCCUGGCAGUGGGGGCACUGAAUAGGAGAAGUCAAGAACACUAUCUGCUGCAAGCACAGGUGUCAGACAGUGGCAAACCACAGCUCCUGUCUACUGCCUUCAUCAGCAUACGCAUUAUCGAGGAGAGUGUCUACCCUCCUGCCAUCCUUCCACUGGACAUCUUCAUUUCCACAGCGGGUGAUGAAUACCCCGGGGGGGUUCUUGGAAAGAUCCAUGCCACGGAUCAAGACAUUUAUGACACCCUGACCUACAGCCUCGCCCCCUCUUCUUCCUCCGCCGAGGGUAGUGACGACUUAUUUACUGUCUCGGCCUCUGACGGCAAAGUCAUAGCCCAAAGGCCGCUCGAUGUGGGCCAUUACCCCCUCAAUGUAACUGUAACUGAUGGCCGCUUCACCACGGCCGCCGACGUCACAGUGCAUGUGCGGCAGGCAACUCUGCAAGCCCUAGACAACACCAUUGCCGUGCGCUUUUCCAACAUUGCACCGGAGGAGUUUAUUGGCGACUACUGGCGCAACUUCCAGCGGGCACUGAGGAACAUUGCCGGGGUGAGGAGGAACGACGUGCAGCUCGUGAGCUUGCAACCAACAGAGCAAGGAGAUCUGGAUGUGCUGCUGGCUCUAGAGAGAUCUGGCAGCCCCUACCAGCCCCAGGAGGUUGUUUUCCGUAAGCUGAACUCCUCUACAGCGGUCAUUGAGGAGAUGACGGGCGUGCGGAUCAUGCGGGUGGUGAAGAAGUUGUGCGCCGGGCUGGACUGCCCCAUGCGUUUCUGCGAUGAGGUUAUCACCCUGGAUAAGACCGCCAUGUCCACUUACAGCACAGCCCGCCUCAGCUUCGUCACACCGCGACACCAGCGAACCGCAACCUGUCAGUGCGAAGGUGGAAAAUGUCCGAUGACAAACAAAUUGUGUGACAACAACCCUUGUCCUGAAGGCAUGGACUGUAUCGCAGACCUGACGGAUGCGGCGUAUAGCUGUGUCUGUCCAGAAGGCAAACAGGGCAAAUGCUUAGAUGGCCACUCGCUGACGUUCGGCGGCAGCGGCUAUGUGAAGUAUCGUCUGAUGGAGAAUGAGAACAAGGAGGAGAUGAAAGUGUCGCUGAGGCUCCGGACCUUCUCGAGCCACGCCACCGUCAUGUACGCCAAAGGAACGGACUACAGUAUUCUCGAGAUUGUGAAUGGCCGUCUACAGUACAAGUUUGACUGUGGCAGCGGCCCUGGCAUCGUGUCGGUCCACAGCACCCAAGUCAACGAUGGGGAGUGGCACACCGUCUCUCUUGAGGUGGACGGCAACUAUGCCAAGCUGGUUCUGGACCGCGUGCACGCUGCCUCGGGUACAGCACCGGGCACGCUGCGCACCCUCAACCUGGACAAUUACAUCUACUUCGGUGGCCAUGUGCGCCAGCAUGCCUCGGCACGCCACGGUCGCAGCCUACCUGUCACAAAUGGGCUCCGUGGCUGCAUUGAGGCCAUCAGCCUCAACAGCCAGGAGCUGCCUCUCAACACAAAGGCUCACCGUUCCCAUGCUGUUUUGGAGGACAUGGUGGGUGUGGCUCCAGGCUGCAUCCUCACCCCUGUUGAGAGUUGUUCUAGCAACCCCUGCACCAACGGAGGCAGCUGUUCCUCCCUGCCGAAUGGAGGCUACUUCUGUAAGUGCACCGCCUCAUUCAUGGGCACCCACUGUGAGAUUGGCAUCAGCCCCUGUGCCUCUAACCCCUGCCUGUACGGCGGUACCUGUUUACCCCGGGGAGAUGAUUUCUAUUGCCAAUGCAGAGGGCAGUACUCAGGACAAAGGUGCCAGCUUGGGCCAUACUGCAGAGACAACCCCUGCAAAAAUAGUGGGAAAUGUAUUGACAGUCUGGACGGUCCAGUUUGUGAGUGUGAGGCUGGUUUCCAGGGAGACAGGUGCCUCAGUGAUGUUGAUGAGUGUGUCAAGAACCCCUGUGCCAAUGGAGGCCAGUGCCAGAACACCUAUGGCUCUUAUAGGUGUAACUGCUCCCUGGGCUUCAGUGGAAAAAUGUGCGAGCUCUAUGCAGAGGUUCACAAUGACUUUAUCUCCACCUCAUGGAACAUCGGCCUUGAGGAGGUGAUCGGUAUUGUGGUCUUUCUAUCCAGCAUCUUUCUGCUGGUCCUCCUCUUCAUCAUCAUUCGCAAGCGGGCAUGUCGCAGUAAGUCAAAGGCCAACAACGAUGACAAACACCCUGGAGGUUCCAACUCACCUCACUCCUUCCUCCAGAGGCCCUACUUCGACGCCAAACUCAGCAAGAACAUCUACUCAGACAUCCCACCACAGGUCCCUGUGCGGCCCAUCUCCUACACUCCCAGCAUUCCCAGCGACUCACGGAACAACUUAGAUCGCAACUCAUUCGAGGGCUCGGCCAUCCCAGAACAUCCCGAGUUCAGCACCUUCAACCCAGACUCUGUACACGGGCACCGGAAGACUGUGGCUGUAUGUAGCGUGGCCCCCAAUCUUCCUCCUCCUCCUCCUUCCAACUCUGUCUCAGAUAGUGACUCCAUCCAGAAGCCCAACUGGGAUUACGAUUAUGAUGCUAAAGUAGUGGACUUGGACCCAUGCUUGAUGAAGAAGCCUAUUGAAGACAGUGCUUGCCACCCCUACAACACCAGAGGUAGCAUGUCUGAGGUCCAGUCCCUCAGCUCCUUCCAGUCAGAGUCCUGUGAUGAUAACGCCUCCAUAGUGACAGUAAUCCACCUUGUCAACUCUGUCGUUGACUCGGUGGAAAAAGAAGAGUCUUUUUUGGCUCAUGAUCUCAAGAACCCAAGAGGAUAUCACUGGGACACAUCUGAUUGGAUGCCAAGUGUUCAACUCCCUGGAAUCCAGGAGUUCCCACAGUAUGAGGUUGUGGAGACCCCCGCCCCGCUGUACAGUGACCCGAGUGCCAUCGACACCGACUAUUAUCCUGGAGGCUUUGACAUAGAGAGCGAUUUCCCGCCACCCCCCGAAGACUUCCCUGCAAACGAGGAUCUGCCACCCCCGCCUCUGCCAGAAUACGGGGACCGCUACGACACCCUGCGGCCACCGGGCAGGGACCUGGGCCCUCCACCGGCCAGCCCGGGGGGAUCGGCAGGAGUCCGCCAACGCCCGGCUCUGCCUCAUCUCUACAACCUUAACCAGUAUCUUCCACAGCACUCCUAUCCGGGCGAGGGGGCCGACCCAGAGGGCCAGGGUACUAGUGCCACAUCCACUACGGCCACCACCACUCCGGCCUCCACCAUGGGCACCAGUGGCUACAGGGGAGGCUACCCUAUUGGCUACGGUCAAGACUUUGACCCCCCUGCUUUGGACAACAUGUCCAUGUCGCUGUACACGUCCACAGCCUCUUGCUCAGACAUGUCGGCGUGCUGCGAGGAGUCGGAGGUGAUGAUUAGCGACUACGAGAGUGGCGACGAGGGUCAGUUUGAGCGGCUGGCUGUACCAGCGCUGGACUCCCAACAGCAUACUGAAGUCUGACACUGGAUCCAAACAAAAGUGCCUGAACCCACACCUUAACCUUACAUUACCCCCCCCCCCCACACACACCAUUCAUCUACAUGGCUUCCCUCCCUCUCUUUCCACAGUGUGUGCGCACACACACACACAAAACUCAAAUCAACAGACUCUCAUAACACACAAUCACACAUAUGCACACACACAAUUGAAUCGUAUCGCAACACAGAGGUUGUUGAGACUGGUCAUGGAUGCCACUCGGCGAGUCUCAGCGAGCCACGAGACUGAACCCCCAUAGUGUUUUUAGUGUCCGCACAUCGGCUCAGUCCAACUCCUGCGCUACCGGGAAAAAAAACCAACAAAGAAAAAAAAAAAACACCCUCUCGGUUGGCUGUGCAAUCGCUUCGAGUAACCGUCGUCGUUCAAAAGAAGUAGCUUGUCUGAAGGAACCUCAUCUGUUCAGCGUACGACAGGAAAACCAUCUACACGAGUAAAAAACAAAAUACACAUUUCAAGGCGAUAUCCGUAUUUCUAUGACUUACAAAAAAAAAAAAACACGAAACGAAAGGUUUUUAUACAAGUGCUCAUUUCCAAUGUAAUUUAAUGUACAGUUUUGAUUUCAAAAUUGACUAGGUUUUGUAGAUAUUUUAUGCUUUUAUUUUCCAAACGAAAACACGAGCUAAAUGGUGUGACAUUAUCAGCCUUACCGAGCUUACAUUCACGAAAAGAAACGUGUAAAAAAAAAAAAAGGAAGUAAAAAGAGAAGAGCGUGGCUUUUCAAAUUAAUAGCGUAUCUGUAGAGUUUGUUGUCUCCCGCUCAUUUUGAAAAGGGUCUUCGAUGAGCGACUGCAUAUUCUUGUGUUGUUGUUUUUUUUUUUUUUAUUUGUUUGUUUGUAAAUUGCGACUUUGGAACCUCUUUAUUUUUCCACCAACAAAAUGGGACCCAAUAUAUUUAUAGUGCAAAGUAAAUCAUGGACACGUGACUUUUUCAAGUGUCUAUGUGUGUGUGAGCAAUGCAACGGUCUUGUUAAGGUUUUUAUUGAAAUACUGCCACAAGCUCACGCUUUACUACUGGCAAU